CUACCAUGCCGAACAUCGAGGAUGUGGAGCAACCGGUGGAGCAACCUUACCAGGACGACAAGCAUAUACAGGACGAGCGCGAGGUCAAGACUGACGUGCACACCCAACUGUAUGACGGUGUUCAGCGCCGCAUGGAGCAGCGACAUAUGCAGAUGAUCGCGCUGGCUGGCACCAUUGGAACGGGCCUGUUCCUGAACUCGGGACGCAUUAUAGCGCACGGCGGGCCUGUGGGCGCCCUCCUCGCUUUCAUCCUAACGGGGUCUAUCGCCUACUCAACUCUCAUGUGCCUGGGUGAAAUGGCCAUCUUCGCCCCCAUCUCCGGCGGCUACAUUCACUUCGCUGAGCGCUGGGUUAACCCGGCAAUCGGCUUCGCUUUAGGUUGGCAGGUGUCAAUCCAAUACUGCAUCUCAGCUCCGAGUGAGAUCAUCGCGGCCAACAUCCUCGUGUCGUUUUGGGACGAGGGGUUCUCUCAGGCUCACCAAGCGGCCUACAUUACCGCGUUUAUUGUUGUUGCCGCCCUGAUCAACUACGCCGGUGUGGCGUGGUUUGGCGAAUUCGAGUUCUGGAUGGCAACGAUGAAGAUCAUCCUCGUGAUCAUUCUCAUUGUGACCGCCCUCGUUAUUGACCUCGGUGGGGGUCCGCAGCAGGACCGGAUCGGGUUCCGAUACUGGAUCCACCCCGGGCCCUUUGCGCCCUACUACGGCAACAGCGACGUUGGGCGCUUCCUGGGCUGGUUUACCAACCUCGUCCAGGCGGCUGGAAGCUAUAUGGGCAUCGAGAUGGUGAUUGUGGCUGCGGCUGAGGUCAAAAACCCCCGCGUGGCACUCCGCAAGGCCGUCAAGCGCCUUUUCUGGCGCAUCGUCAUCUUCUACGUUCUGCUGAUCUUCCUCGUAUCACUCAUCGUGCGCUACGACGACCCCAAGCUUCUUCAAUCGAAGGGCACAUCGGCCUCGUCUCCCUUCGUACUGGCCAUGACGCGGGCAGGCAUCACAGGUCUCCCGCACUUUGUCAAUAUCUGUGUGCUGCUCUCUGCUUUUUCCUCAGGCUCUUCGCUCAUGUACUCGGCCUCUCGCAUGAUCUACGGAAUGGCACUGCGUGGCUACGCCCCGCGCCUCUUCGCAAGGACGACCAAAAGAGGUCUACCCAUUGUCGCGCUCACACUGGUUAACUGCUUUAUGCCACUCGCAUACAUGAGCAUCAGCAAGGGGGCAUCCACUGUCUUCAAUUGGCUUUCGAAUCUCACUGCUCUCUCAGGUUACGUCGUUUGGGGGAUGGUUGGCAUCACAUAUCUUCGAUUCAAGGCAGGCGUCGAAGCCAAUGGUAUUGAUCGACGGAGCUUCCACUACUACAACCGCAUGCAGCCGUUCACGGCACUGUGGGUCAUCUUUUGGGCCACCGUCAUUCUCCUAUUCAAUGGCUGGAAGGUAUUCACACGUGGCAACUGGAGCCCGUCCGACUUCGUCAUCGCCUACAUUCCUGUGCCCAUCUUCAUUACACUCGCCACAGGCUUCUGGCUUGUCAAGCGACCCCAGUGGCUCAAACCCGCCGAGCUCGACAUGUUUUCGAACAUCCCAACCGAUGAAAUGGUGGCUUAUGAGGAGCCACCUCCAAAAAACGCUUUCAUGAAGGUGGCCAACGUACUCUUCACCUAAGUUUGUACACUGAGUGUUGCCCAAUGCGGUGGCAUUAGCGUUCAGAAAGGAAACUGUUGCGGUAUCGCACAUGCGGGGGUGGGAUUGCGCGGAGAUGAAGCAGGUCUCGUUCUCGU